AUGCACGUUCAGACUUGUCUGCCUCAGCAGGACCUCUAUCGGCCUUCUACUUCACCGAGUCUGGUGUUGAGUGCUUUCUGGAUCAUUGUACCAUCAGAUCCGCUCAACGCCGCAAAAAGACGGCUUCGAACAGUGGUUCACAGCGAGCUUUCCCGUUCUAGUGAACAGGUUGCUCACGGCACGCUGCAACAUCAGCUCAACGCCUCAAAAGGAUGGCUUCGAACAGUGGUUCACAGCGAGCUUUACCGUUCGAAUGAGCAGUUUGCUCAAGGCAUGCUGCUAUUGCAAAGAGCUGACUCUCUUGUGCUUCAAGAUCGAGAAUCUGAAUUAGUCAGCUCGGCGCGACAUCGCGCAUUCGGCGCUGAGAAACCUGUGGGCGAAAGCAGGAGCGUAUCAGACAAUGUUGAAGACAAAUGGUAUACCUCAACGGGUCACCUUCAAAGUGACAAUGACAUUCAAGCAGCUCUAUCGAGCAAGAAUGUGCGACCAAUGCCCAAAUCUCUGACUGCCAGCAACAUUGCGGAUGAGACGGUCAUCCUGCUAGUUCGCAUGCUCCCUGACCUCCACCAGCUCCUGGAGCCUACGAAGGCCCUUGAACCUUCUGGUCCCUGCCCUUGA